UAUCGUAUGUAAAUUAGGAUGGUAUGUUAUUAAUAUAUCCGGUAUGUGUUCGAUUACCUUUAUUUUAAUUGGGACAAUUGAACAUUAUCUACUACUUAAACAAUAUCGAUUAGAAAAAUCUCUAUCUUAUCGAGUCGUUCUUAUAGUUCUCGUAUUCUGGUUUAUUCAUUCAAUACCAAACUUAAUGUAUUUUGAUAUUAAACAUGGCAAGUGUCAGCUACAACAAAUGGGAUGGUUCUCAACGUAUCUUACAUAUUUUAUUCUAUUUAUCUAUAGUCUUCUACCAUCAAUUAUUUUAUCUAUAUUUAGUUGUCUGACAAUUGCUCAUCUGCGUCGAAUACAUCAGCGUGUUUUGCGUCUGUUAGAUAUAAAGAAAAGUUGUAGUCAAAUUGAAAAACGUAUUGAAACGUUAAACCGCGAACUAACGCAAAUGUUACUCAUACAGUCGUGCUUAAUUAUAUUUUCUAGUAUUCCAGCUACAUUACAAUAUGUUUAUAAUUUUAUGACAAAAAAUAUUCCCAAGUCUCAAAAGCGUCAACAAUGGGAAUAUUUGAUUAGUGUUGUGGUUCGAUUAUGCCUAUUUAUUCAUUCAUCAAAUGAUUUCUAUAUCAAUCUGUUAGUUUCAAAUAUAUUCCGGAAACAAUUUUAUCGUCUCAUUCGACGUUUCACACUCGGUUAUUGGUGUCAAUGCGAAUGUUACUGGUACAAUCGAUAUCGUGUAAAACCAAACGUUUCAAAAAAUAUAAGAGAUUUACACAGACUUACUUACCAUCGUGCAUAUAGUCCGUGCAAUACACAUAUCAUAACAUAG